ACCUCAGGGUGAUCACACCCCUCAGGGACGGAAUGAACACGACCUCCAUGGAGUUCGUGAUCGCGCAAGAGCGCACGAAGAGCUCUUCUUUCGUUUUGAGCGAGUUUAUGGGUAUCAGUCAGCAUAUGGCUGAUGCGCUGCAAGUGAAUCCUUGGGAUCUUGGAGAUGUAGCGGCUGCCAUGAACCGCGGGUUGGUGAUUUCGGAGGAGGAGAAAGCGUCAAGGCACGCGGUGUUGCACAAGGUCGUAACGACUCACACCUCGCACACGUGGGCUGCGGUCCAUAGUUUCUAUAGACCAAUAGUUAUUGUUUUCAUUUCGUCGAUGCUGGGAGUUUGGCGCACAGGAUGUACAAGGGGCUUCGCGGCUUAUAUUCAGAUGUAA